AUGUCGUUGACAGCAGAGCGCAACGAGCAGUUUAGCGAGAAGGAGUACUGGGAUCAACGCUAUGCCGACGAGACCGAGCAGGACUUUGACUGGUUCAAGAAGUAUGAUGAUCUGAAGGAGUUGUUUGACGAGGUGAUGCCGGAGCGUUCGUCGCGCAUCCUGAUGCUGGGAUGUGGCAACAGCACGCUUUCGCCCUCGAUGCACACGGCUGGAUACACAUCGAUAGUCAACAUCGACUACUCGUCCACCCUCAUCACGCGCAUGUCCCAGCGAUAUCCCGACCAAUCCUGGCUCGAAAUGGACAUCACCCAACUCGACCACGCCUGCAACCUAUCCACACUCGGUGGGGAGGCCAGCUUUGAUAUCGCGCUGGAUAAGGGUACAAUGGACGCGCUAAUGGCCGAAGGCAAAGGAUCUUCCGUCUGGAAUCCAAGCACCAAAGUCCUCACCGACAUCAACCUCAUGCUCAACGGUGUAGACAAGAUCCUCAAAAAGGGCGGAAAGAUGGUCUACAUCACCUUUGGUCAACCUCACUUUCGUCAAAAGUACCUCGAAGCUAUUCCGGGCUGGACCGUCGAGACACGAACGCUGGGAGAUAUGUUUCACUACUUUGUCUACAUCGCCACCAAAAACUAA